UUCCAGCUCCCCUCACAGCUCGUGUUUUCUAGCCCUUUUCAUCGCGGUGUCACCCCGUUAGCCCCUGCCCCGAGCUGGCAGGAGAAGCCGACUCCAGCCGAGGGCAGGGUGAGGUGAGCGGCUUCGGCCGGAGUUCCUGAGCCGGCUCGGCACAAGCUGCCAGUUCCUGCCCAGAGCAGUUUUUGAGGCUCCUGCUCAGCCUGAAAACGAAAGUGAAUCUCUGCCUGGGCCCAGCUUCCCCGACUCCCGGCCCUGAGACUGGGACCCGCCAGCCAACAGGGGACCCUCAAACCCGGGGUCCAGGCUCCAGGCUGUCCCCAGCUCUCGGAGGAAAGCCCCCGACCUUCCCCCACCUCCGCCCCGUCCUGGCAGCCGCGCGCUGAGACUCCUGAAACCAGAAUGUGGAAAAAUCUCCCCCGAAGCCGUUUCCCUGGGAAGGCAGUUUUAUCCCUGGACCCGGACACGGCUCACCCUAACCUGGAGAUCUCGAAGGACGGGAAGGAGGUGACAUGCGUCAGUCAGGAAAGGUCUGUUGACUCCGGCCCGAGGCGAUUCGACACGGCGAACUGCGUGGUGGCCCGGCAGAGCUUCAGCGCGGGGCAGCACUACUGGGAGGUGUCCGUGGGCCGGAAGCAGCGCUGGAACCUGGGGGUGGUCUCGGACCGAGCCAGGAGGCAGGGCAGGUUGAUCAGCGUGAAGUGGUGGCCGUGGCCCCCUAGCAAGGUCUGCGCCGAGGGCUACUGGCUGAUCGGCUACGACCGGCAGAGGGCCGGGAAGAAGUACUGGAUAUUUGACACCAACCCAUGGCCCCUGGAUCUCUGUCCCCACCCUGAGACCAUCGGCGUCUACCUGGACUACACGGACGGGGAGGUCUCCUUCUACAACGCCGAUCACCCCGACACACUGACCCACAUCUACACUUUCCACACCUCCUUCGACAACAAGCCCGUCUACCCCAUCUUCGACCCCUGCUGGCACGACAAGGGGGGCAACACGCAGCCCCUCAAGAUCCUGUGAGCUGCUGGCUCCGUGGCAUCCCAGGGCGCCUCGUCCGAUGGCCACCGCUCGGCUUACUCAGCUCUGCCCCUCCUGGGGGCUUCCCUUGUCUGUGGGCCGGGGAAAGACAGAAAUUGCCACAGUCCCAGAGACGAGGGUGACGAGGUCGCCAGCUGCUUCAGCAACACCCUCGAGGCCAGUAAGAGAAUAGCCCACCCUUACUGGCCAUUUCUUCCUGACCGCCACUGGGCAAAGGUGGCUUUACAGCCCUGAAGCAUGAAGAUCUGGAGCCCUCAGGCCAUUGUGCUCCUAACAGACCUCGGGAUGUUCUCAUAAUCCCUAUAAACCUCCCCUGGUUUUCUGACCCCCUCGGCUGCCGCGACGUCCUGUAGCAGUGAGUUCCGCUGGCUCGUCGUCGCUGUUCUCCUGCACGGCGCUAAGAGAUCGUUAAACAAGCUGGGCCGCUGCAUGGCACAUGGGAGACGCUUUAUGGUGUUGUUAAUGCCAAUACCUAUCACUGCGAUGACUCUGAGCAGAGGCCACGUACAGGGUCAGUGGAAACGUCAUGCUUUGCCAAGGAUGGUGAUGCUGUUUAUCACCUUUGUAUGGUGAGUUACAGGGGUGUGGGGGGGGUAGAUCUGGUGACACCCCCGACAGAUUGGCAGCAGCACCAGCCAGUCUGUCCCAUGGCCCAUCAAAGACCAUCAGCUGGACAAUGAAGGCGCUUGGAGAAGCAUGUAGGGCCAGGCCCAUGGAUAGGAGACCCCAAGAGGUUCUCCAGGCCCACGCGCUGUUUGGGACAGAGGACGGACGAGGACAUGGCAGCUGCAUCAGCUCCAGUGUGUCUCAAUCCUGCUUCUCUCCGCUCCGGAGUCACUGAUCUGCCAAAGCUCUGAGCAAGGGACGGCCUGGCCCAGCCCAGCCGGGGGUGACUCCAGAGGGACUUUCUAGCCAGCGACCUCCCCAGUGCUGCUCACGACCGGAUCUCUGGACUCUGAGGUCUGCGUUCGUUACCACUGAGCAACUCUCCUCUUGUUCUUUGCCACUAAACCCUUCGUGUUAGACGCUGAGGACUGGCCGGCAGCGCGGGAUUUGGCAUAAAAUCCAAACUGACAUUGACCUGGCAACGUGGCGGCCCUUUGGGGUGGGAAGGACAUUUUGUAGCGUGAGCAGAGUUUUUAGGUAACUUCUCCCUGCACUGGACCUGGUGCUGGCUGGGAGCCAGAGAACUGGAAUGCAGGA